AUGUAUCGAAAGCAAAACAGAUGGGCCAGUCACAUCAUGAGAAGAAUCGACGAUAGAUGGACUAAAAGAACGCUAGAGGGGAUCCCAAGGGACGCUAAACGCCCCCGAGGGAGACCCCCAACGAGAUGGGGUGACGUGUUCGCUGCAAGGAUGGACCAGCUGAGAGCUCAGCUGGAUACGGCUCAAGGACCUCGUCAACGUCACUCACGAAGCUUGAGAACAUCUUGGAUGACAAUGGCGAGGGAACGAAACGAGUGGAAGAGAUGCUGGGGCCCGCACGUCGAGUGA